CGUAAAGCUGCUGUUACUGGAAUAGUGUGUAUGUCGCAAAAACGGCAAACCAAUGGAAUGUAAGCUAAUUACCCGCCAAAAUGACAACCAAUGGAGGACAUUGUAACAAACGCAAUCGAGCAGUAAGGUUGUCAUCGAUGUCGCCAGCACGUGUGACAGCGAGGUAUGCAUUACAAUUGGUUGGAAACAGAGAGCUUGCACGUGACGACAGGGUUCGGUGGUACACAUGUUUGUUUUCAAACACAUAGACAGAUGACCAAGGAUACGUGCUAAUGGACACCAGAUCGCCAGUCACAUGACGGAUAUUAAAAAUAGAUAAUUUCUGUCCGGGCUGUCAUUAAACGCUAAGCAGAGUAUGUCAACAAAGUGUGAUUGCCUCUUCCUUCCAUGUCCCUCCCUAUACACACGGUGACACGGACAGCAGCACAGCGACUCGGGAGACGACAGUGCUGAUGAAACCCGCGGCCUAGCGACACCAAAGGAGCUGUUCACCUGUUGACAUGGUGUGUUAGGUUUAUUACCUAAGUGUUGUCUCUGAGAGCCGAUGUUAUCGAGAUUGUAUAGAAGUCAAGAAUUGUUGUCCAAAUUGUCUGGGGUACUUUUUGUGAAACACGGAUGAUUAUAGAAUGAGUGUGUAGCUGAUUUCCUACUUGACCAAUUCCAAGUUUUAAAAUCGCUGUCAUAAAAAUUUAGGAUGAUUGGUUGAAAGGGUAAAACAAUCUAUUCAUGUGUUGAUUUUUUUCUCUGGAUUAGACAUUUUCCCCUUCAAAUAUGUCGUCGUGUCCGAUGACGUUUCUGACUGUGGACGAAGGCUGUGAGGUGGAGACAACGUUAGGUCAGAAGGAUUAUAAUACCAGUCCAUACCGACACAGGGUCCCCAGUCCCCUACUGGGGGAGGUGAACUUCAACAUGCUCAAUGUCUCACCACGACCGAGGAGUAGGUCAUCUUCUGUUAAAAAAUCAAAGAAGAAAAACUUGGAGGCAUUCGAUCUUGACAUUCGUCCUCGGACAAGCAGUCUACCGACCAAAAACACUUAUAAAAAACCGAACCUCGGAUCGUUACGUCAUACGUCUGAAGGGUGCGGAGACGACGACGACCCGGACUUUUACAGACUCCGGACGUUUGAACUCACAUCAAAGGGGAUCGUUAAUCGAGGGGACUCCCUUAGGUCCCGUAGUACGAACAGCAUUAUGUCGUCGGGGAGUGAAAUGGGUUGCCUUUCGAGAACUUCUAGCUCCCUUUCCCAGGGCAGCUUUGGGAAUAGUACAGGUUCUGGAGGAGCCGUUGUGCCAUUUAGGGUCCUUGUAGUGGGUCCCGAAGGAACUGGCAAAAGUUGUAUGGUGAGACAGUUUACCACUUCGGAAUACCUCGGGGGAUUCGAUACAAGCCUUGAUGAAGACGAAAAUAAAAGUAUAUCGGUGCUUCUAGACGGAGAGGAGUCCACUCUAGAAUUCAUCAAGCUCACGUCAUGCUCGGGAUGGGAUUAUAAAGACAACGUGGACGCAUAUGUUGUCGUGUAUGCCACGGACGACAGACGGACGUUUGACCGGGCCAUCGACCUCCUCUACUGUCUCCGCAAGGACGAAAAGAAAGAAAACGCGACCAUACUGGUGGCAAAUAAAUGUGACCUAGAACGAUCACGUUCUGUACCCAUAGAAG